AUGGACACGCUUCCGACGGAAGUGCUUGGGCUAAUUUUCGAGGCUGCCAGUUGCGAUGGCGGACGCACGGCCAGCUCUGUACGGGCCGCCUGUACGGCAUUCUGUGCUGCCUCAGAGUCAUCCAGGUUCCGUUCUGUGGCCAUCACAGAGAGCCCGAAGACUCUGUCCUUCCGUGAGGCCUUACAAAAAGCAUCGCCUUCAGCCCGUGCGAGUAUCCGCCAUCUGUUCGUGGUUGUGCAGGACGAGGACAUGGCCGCUACAGUAGAUGACGUCCUCCAGCUCACGGCACCGUGUCUCGAAUGUCUCACCUGUAUCUGCCUGUCCUCGUGCUCCACCCUGCACGCUCGCUUGCUCGCAACCGCCUUUCCAAGACUCCACGCGCUCUCGCUGUGUUGUGUGGACAUGAGCUACCCCCCGGAUGACCGCUCAGAUCUCUUCCCAGGAGCUUCAGCCAGCCCACUGUUCCCCUGCUUGCAGUACCUGCACAUCGCGUACGCCCGCUCCGGUUAUAUGCACAGCGCACAUAUUGCACUGUGCCGGUUCAUAACCCGCACCGGGGGUCUUCUCACGCGGGUGCGGCUUUCUGGCGGCGUGGUGUUCAGGCGGGACGGGCUGUGCAGCAUGGCUGCCUUCCGCAAGAUGCUACUUUUCCCCGCACACCAGCUGGUGGAGUCCCCGCCGCUGCCCUGGCCGGCGUUGUCGCCCAUCCGGACGUACGUCGUGGGGGCGUUCUUCCUCGGCACUACCUCCCGGUGGAAAUUGACCAGCCUCGAGAGGGAGACGAGAGAGCAGAAGGACGCGGUCCGGCUGGUGCUCCUGCCCAGGCGGGCGAUCGUGCCGUGGCCGCAGUGGAGGGAGAAGUGGCUUUCGGUCCAGGCGGGCGAGCUAGAUCCAUUAUAUGAGUGGCCGGAACAGUCGGCCCCAGAGAUAUUGGCUGAGGAUUAUCCAGUGUGGGCCGGAGAUAUAUAG